GGGAAGCAAGUAAGAUGUUUGAUGUUAACUGGAUACAGUUUCAUUCCUAGGAAGCAGGUGUUUCCACUGGAAUAUGGACAUGGAUUCCUCUCUUGCUCAUUAGCAACAUCAGGACUGACAUUUUUAUGUGAACUUCCCAUGGUUCUAAAAAUCAUCACAUUUUGCAGACAAAUGAAGUGGAGAAGCAAACUCUGAGGGCUUUGCAGUCCAGACACCUUGGAGGAGGAAUAUCUGGCACCAAAUUCCUGUAGAUCAGUGGGUGUUUACUGAGACUGGAUUAUUUUUCAGAAGACGCGAUUAUUAUCAAUAUUGAGUGAUUCUAAGGAGACAAAAGAACUUGAAAGACUGCUGGCUCAUCAUGUCCUCCAUUCUUGGGAAGAUGAAAAAGUUUGGCAGUUUUGACAUGGAGGAAUCUGAAGUGACAGAUGAACACACGGAUGGGGAGGACUCUGUCCAGGAAACCCCUGACAACCCCCAGGGCCCACCCAGCACCAAGGUGCAGCCACCCAAAAGCAACAUUUUUGCCAGGCGGGGCCGCUUUGUGAUGGGGGACAGUGACAAGGACAUGGCUCCCAUGGACUCCUUCUGCCAGAUGGAUCACCUGAUGGCACCUUCUGCCAUCAAAUUCCACGUCAAUUUGGAGAGGGGCAAACUUCACAAGCUCCUGUCUACAGAUUCCAUCACAGGCUGCUCAGAAAAAGCUUUCAAAUUUUAUGACCGCAGAAGGAUCUUUGAUGCUGUGGCCCAAGGCAACACAAAGGACCUCAGUGACCUGCUACUCUACCUUAAUAGAACCUUCAAGCAUCUCACUGAUGAGGAGUUCAAAGAGCCUGAAACUGGCAAAACCUGUUUAUUGAAAGCCAUGCUGAAUCUACAUGACGGGAAAAAUGAUACCAUUCCCUUGCUGCUGGAUAUUGCAAGGAAAACUGGGACUCUGAAAGAGUUUGUUAAUGCAGAAUAUACUGACAACUACUACAAGGGCCAGACUGCUCUUCACAUCGCCAUCGAGAGGAGGAACAUGUACCUGGUGAAGCUCCUGGUCCAGAACGGAGCAGAUGUUCAUGCCAGAGCCUGUGGGGAGUUCUUCAGGAAAAUCAAAGGGAAAUCUGGCUUUUAUUUUGGAGAGCUGCCUUUGUCCCUGGCUGCCUGCACCAACCAGCUCUGCAUUGUGAAAUUCCUCCUGGAAAAUCCCUACCAGGCAGCCAACAUCGCUGCUGAGGACUCCAUGGGCAACAUGGUCCUGCACACACUGGUGGAGAUUGCAGAUAACACCAAGGAUAACACCAAGUUUGUAACCAAGAUGUAUAAUAACAUAUUGAUCCUUGGUGCCAAAAUUAAUCCCAUCCUCAAGCUGGAAGAACUCACCAACAAGAAAGGGCUGACUCCUUUAACUCUGGCAGCCAAAACAGGGAAGAUAGGGAUUUUCGCUUACAUCCUCAGACGGGAAAUCAAAGACCCCGAGUGCAGACACUUGUCCAGGAAGUUCACUGAAUGGGCCUAUGGACCUGUCCACUCCUCUCUUUAUGACCUGUCCUGUAUAGACACCUGUGAGAAAAACUCAGUGCUUGAGAUCCUUGCCUACAGCAGUGAGACACCAAACCGUCACGAGAUGCUGCUGGUGGAGCCCCUUAACAGGCUGCUGCAAGACAAGUGGGACCGGUUUGUCAAGCACUUGUUUUACUUCAACUUCUUUGUCUACACCAUGCACAUCACCAUCCUCACUGCUGCUGCUUACUACAGACCUGUACAGAAGGAUGGAAAGCCUCCCUUCACCUUUGGCUACAGCACUGGGGAAUACUUUCGAGUAACUGGAGAGAUCCUGAGUGUACUGGGAGGCCUCUAUUUUUUUUUCAGAGGGAUCCAGUAUUUCAUGCAGAGGCGCCCAUCACUCAGGACACUGAUAGUUGAUGGCUACAGUGAGGUUCUUUUCUUUGUCCACUCCCUGCUCCUCCUGAGCUCUGUGGUGCUGUACUUCUGUGGCCAGGAGCUCUACGUGGCCUCCAUGGUGUUCUCCUUGGCCCUGGGCUGGGCCAACAUGCUCUACUACACGCGGGGCUUCCAGCAGAUGGGCAUUUACUCCGUCAUGAUCGCCAAGAUGAUCCUUAGAGAUUUAUGUCGCUUCAUGUUUGUCUAUCUUGUAUUCCUCUUGGGAUUUUCUACAGCUGUGGUGACUUUGAUUGAAGACGACAACGAGGGGCAGGACACAAAUAUCUCUGAGUAUGCCCGGUGCUGCCACGUGAAACGAGGCCGCACCUCCUACAACAGCCUCUACUACACCUGCCUGGAGCUCUUCAAGUUCACCAUUGGCAUGGGGGACCUGGAGUUCACAGAGAACUACAGGUUCAAGUCCGUGUUUGUCAUCCUGCUGGUGCUCUAUGUCAUCCUCACCUACAUCCUCCUGCUCAACAUGCUCAUUGCUCUGAUGGGGGAGACUGUCAACAAAAUUGCACAGGAGAGCAAGAGCAUCUGGAAACUGCAGAGAGCCAUCACCAUCCUGGACAUUGAGAACAGCUACCUGAACUGUCUGAGGCACUCCUUCCGCUCGGGGAAGCAAGUCCUGGUGGGGAUCACACCUGAUGGCCAAGAUGAUUACAGAUGGUGCUUCAGGGUUGAUGAGGUGAACUGGUCCACGUGGAACACUAAUCUGGGCAUAAUCAACGAAGACCCUGGGUACUCUGGGGACCUCAGACGAAAUGCCAGUUUCUCUCUUAAGCCUGGCAGAGUUUCAGGGAGGCACUGGAAAACGUUGGUUCCACUUCUAAAAGAUGGAGAGAAGAGGAGAGAAGAGCCUCACAAGCUGCCAGAAGAAGUCAAAUUAAAACCUGUUUUGGAACCUUAUUUUGAGGCAGAAGAUUCUGAGGGGUUGAAAGAGUCAAUUCCAAAGUCAGUCUAAUUCUGGUUGCCUGUGCUGUUCCUCACAAGGAGGACAACAGAGCAUUUCAUUUACAGGAACAGGGACUUUUGGUAAAAGGUCAGGGGACUUAGGGAAUUACCAUGUGCAAGGAUUCGCUAAGUAUGCUGA